UGUAUUUAAUGAGUACAUACAGUAAUUAUAGGGUUAGGCCAUAGUUAGCGGUUUCCCUAAUGAUGGUUUUGUUGAUUUAUUAGUGUAACUGUGCGCCAUUUUGCGUAAUAUAUGGUUAUUCGGAUCAGUCGUUAAAAGCGGAUGUAGCUAUAUUAAAGUUACACUACAUCAUACAACACUUGGAUGGGUAACACCAUCUAUUCGCGCAUAUAUAUUUUAUUAUUAUAGUUUAUAUAUUUAAUGAUUUUAUACCGAAAAUGUCAGUAGUGAUUAGUGUAAUGACAUAAUAUUAUAAUUAUAGAAAUGUAAUAAAUAAUUAAUUGCAUAUGUAAUAAAGUGUAUUUUUCAACAUUUUUUUAGUGGUUGGUUAUUUAAAUAAGUAUUGUAUUACAAUAAUGACGAAAGUUAUUUUUAAAAUUAACGGAGUUCAAUACGAGGCGGACGGCAAGUACAGUCCCGAUGUGAGUUUGAAUGAAUACAUCCGCACGGUAGCGGAUCUCCGCGGCACGAAGGCGAUGUGCCACGAAGGCGGAUGCGGCGCUUGCGUGGUUUCCGUCCGCGCGGCAUCGCCGCCUACCAAUGAAGUGAAAACUUUCGCUGUCAACUCUUGUCUUGUGUCGGUCCUAUCAUGCCACGGUUGGGAAGUAACGACGGUCGAAGGCAUCGGAAAUCGGACUACCGGGUAUCAUGAAGUCCAGAGUCGUUUAGCGAAAUUUAAUGGCACCCAAUGCGGUUACUGUACGCCUGGAUGGGUUAUGAAUAUGUAUAGCUUGUACACAGCAAAAAAUAAAAAUUUAACUGCAGAGGAAGUAGAAAACUCAUUCGCAAGCAACAUGUGCAGAUGCACUGGUUACCGACCAAUAGCGGAUGCCUUCAAAAGCUUUGCAAGUGACGCUGAUGAUUAUCUCAAAAACAAGCUAAUUGAUUUAGAAGACAUGGCUGUUUUUAAAUGCUGCGGAGUUAAAUGUAAAGAAAAUUGUAAACAUAAUAAAAAAUUAACACAAAAAGUAAACGGAAAAUAUCACAAGGAAGAUUGGUGUGUUAUUGAAAAUAGUAAAAAUGAUAUUCUUAUAUUAAAAGGUGCAAAUUAUAACUGGUUUAAAUUGUUCAAAUUGUGUGAUGUUUUCAAAACAAUAGCCCAAUGUGAUGAUUACAAAUUAAUAGCUGGAAAUACAGGACAAGGAGUGUAUCACAUAACUGAAUAUCCGAAAUACGUAAUAGAUAUAUUCAGUGUAUCAGAACUGAAAGGACAUAUUUUGGACGUAAAUCUAAUAUUGGGAGCUGGUAUGCCGUUGACGGAAAUGAUGGAGGUUUUUCAAAAACUGUCCACAGAAAACGAAAAUUUCGCUUAUUUGAAAGAAUUGUAUGAUCAUUUGGAUUUAGUGGCCCAUAUUCCAGUACGGAACAUUGGCACAAUCGGAGGAAAUCUAUACCUAAAGCACCUAAAUAAUGAAUUUCCUUCCGAUCUCUUUUUGCUUUUUGAAACGGUUGGAGGAAUGAUAACAAUAGCUGAAGAAUCUAACAAAUUUUGCAAAAUAACUUUAUCGGAAUUUUUAAAAUACGAUAUGAAAAGAAAAGUGAUCCUAAACGUAAUGCUACCACCAUUAUCAAGUACAAGUAAAAUCAAAACUUACAAGAUUAUGCCUCGAUCUCAAAACGCUCAUGCGAUUCUCAACGCCGGUGUUUUGUUUAAAUUUAAACAAAAUCUAAACGUAAUUGAAAAAGCUACAAUUGUUUACGGUGGUGUGUCACCUGACUUUGUUCAUGCCAAUAAAACAGAAGAAGUUUUAGUCAACCAAGAUCCUUUUACUGACGAAACGUUACAAAUAGCUUUGAAAAGUUUACAAGAAGAAAUUGAUCCCGUGGAAGCGCCUCCAGAACCGUCCACAAAAUAUAGAAAAUUACUUGCUUUAGCUCUGUUUUAUAAGGCAGUUUUAAGUCUGUGCCCUGAAGGAAACAUUAACGCGAAUUACCGUUCUGGCGGGUCGGCAAUCAAACGACACACUUCAAAAGGGACGCAAACAUAUGACACAGAUGAGGCCAUAUGGCCACUGAACAAACCAGUGCCGAAGUUAGAAGCAUUGGUCCAAUGUAGCGGAGAGGCGACCUUCGCAAAUGAUCUGUCAAGUCAAACAAACGAAGUGUAUGGAGCGUUCGUUACUGCGGACGUCAUACCCGGUAGUGUAUUGGCCGGUUUUGAUUGUACUGAAGCUUUGAAAAUCCCAGGCGUCACAGCAUUCUAUACUGCCAAAGAUAUACCAGGGAAGAACAACUUCACCCCUACAAAUAUUUCCAUUGUACGAUCAGAAGAAGAAAUCUUAUGCGACCAUGAAGUAAAAUUUUACGGACAACCAGUUGCAAUUAUAGUGGCCAAUAGAGAAAAAAUUGCCAACCGUGCCGCUAAGUUAGUCAAAGUGAAAUAUGAAUCAACGCCGUCUAAAAAACCAUUAUUAACAGUUAAAAGUGUUUUAUCAUCACCAGAGAAGAGUAACAGAGUGUCUAACGAUCAAGUUGUUGAGCCAACUGACGUUGGUCAUGAUACUAAGAAAGUGAUAAGUGAUGAACUAGAUUUUGGAACCCAAUAUCAUUAUUACAUGGAGCCACAGACGUGUGUAACUGUGCCCACAGAGAAUGGAUUAGAUGUUUACUCGUCGACACAGUGGCUAGAUUUAACAAGUGUUGCUGUGGCACAGUGCCUAAAUGUUCCCGUUAAUAGUGUAAAUGUGAUAGUAAGAAGAGUAGGCGGUGCGUACGGUGGAAAAAUAACCAGGUCAGCACAAAUUGCUUGCGCAUCGGCCUUGGUCUCGCACCUGCAUGGCAAACCGUGCCGAUUCAUUCUAUCCGUAGAAGAGAACAUGAGAAUAAUAGGCAAAAGAGCUUCAACAUAUUGCAAAUUCGAAGCAGGUGUGAACGACAAUGGAGAAAUACAAUACCUCAACAUCACAUACUACCAAGACAAUGGAUGCUCAAACAACGAGACCAUAUCGCCGAUGACGGUGCUUCACUUCCCCAACUGCUACAACUCUAAGCGUUGGCGCAUCGAGGCGUCCAGCGCUAUCACUGACACACCUUCAGCUACGUGGUGCAGAGCUCCAGCUUCAACAGAAGGUAUUGCAGUUACAGAAUAUGUAAUGGAAAGAAUAGCGCACGCUUUAGGCAAAGACCCGAUAGCUGUAAGGUUGGCUAACAUGAGUAAAGAAGAUAACCCAAUUCCGGACCUAAUAGAACAAUUAAAAAAAGAUUCUGAUUUUGACACCAGAUUGGAAGAUGUAAAAUUAUUCAAUACUAACAACAGAUGGAGAAAACGAGCCCUUAAAUUGAUGCCGAUGACUUAUGAUCUGUUUUACUUUGGACCUUUUAAUUGUUUGAUCACGAUUUACCAUGGCGACGGUACUGUUGCCAUCACUCAUGGUUGCACUGAGAUGGGACAAGGCAUCAAUACAAAAACAGCUCAAGUCUGCGCAUAUGCUCUAGGUAUUCCUUUAGAAAAGGUUUCAAUUAUGCCGAGCUCAAGUUUCACAUCCCCAAAUUGCAUGCCAACUGGCGGUAGCAUUGGCAGCGAAUGCAUUGCAUAUGCUUGUUUGAAAGCGUGUGAAAUAUUGAUGGAUAGAUUGAAGCCUAUACGGGAGGAACUUGGGAAUCCUUCGUGGGAAGAUUUAGUGCAAGAAGCAUAUAAACGUCAAGUGUAUCUACACGCAUCUUACAUGUUCACUAAGGAUGCGCCUGUGCAGAAUUACGACAUAUAUGGUGUUAUAGCAUUGGAGGUUGAAGUCGAUAUUCUGACUGGGAACCAUGAUGUAUUGCGAGUUGAUCUUCUUGAAGAUACUGGAAGAAGUUUAAAUCCUGAGAUCGAUGUUGGACAGAUCGAGGGAGCGUUCAUAAUGGGCUUAGGAUACUGGACGUCAGAGAAAACUGUUUACGAUGAUAAAACGGGAAAAUUGCUCACUGACCGCACGUGGACUUACAAACCUCCCGGGAUAAAAGACAUACCUGCGGAUUUCAGAAUAUAUUUCCGCAGAAAUUCCACCAACAUACAUGGAGUUUUACAAUCGAAAGCGUCGGGCGAACCUGCCUUCUGCCUCGCAGCGGUAAUUACACACGCGUUGCGUGAGGCGGUGCGCGCGGCGCGACUGGACGCUGGCUGUGACGACACAUGGAUAGAAAUCGGAUUUCCUUGCACAACGGAGAACAUAUUCUUGGCAGUCGAACACAAACUGGAGCACUUCAAAUGGAAAAUGCAGUUACAGAAGCAUAUUAAAAUCGCAGCAGGCUGCACAGGGGCGGCCAUUUUCGGCAUCCUGUUCGGUUGGGUGAUUUUCCCGGUCAUUUUGAAGAGCCAGCUGAAAAAGGAGAUGGCCUUGUCUAAGAAGACGGACAUCCGACAGAUGUGGGAGAAAAUACCUUUCGCCCUUGACUUUAAAGUGUACCUAUUUAACUACACGAACCCUGAAGAGGUACAUAAGGGAGCUCUGCCUAUUGUGAAGGAGAUUGGGCCUUAUUACUUUGAGGAAUGGAAAGAAAAAGUAGAAAUACAAGACCAAGACGAUACGGAUACCAUUAACUACAGAAAACUGGACGCGUUUUACUUCAAAAAGGAGUUAUCGGGGCCGGGCCUCACUGGGGAGGAAGUUAUCACUCUGCCGCAUCCAUUUUUAAUGGGCAUAGUGAACAUUGUGAACCGUGACAAGCCAGCAAUGUUGAACAUGGUCGGCAAAGCAAUCAAUGGUAUCUUCGACAACCCACCUAAUGUGUUCGUCCAAGUCGCCGCCUUGGAUAUCUUGUUCAGAGGCAUCAUAAUAAACUGCGCAAGGACUGAGUUUGCACCUAAAGCCGUUUGUACAGGAAUGAAGAAGGAGGCUGCCGAACGGUUGAUAUUUGAGCCGAAUAACCAAUAUAGGUUCUCAUUCUUUGGAAUGCGGAACGCCACUGUCGAUAAACACGUCAUAACAGUUAAGAGAGGUAUGAAAAACGUAAUGGAUGUUGGCAAAGUGGUGGCAAUAGAUGGUAAAAUGGAACAGGAGACGUGGAGCGGUAAAUGCAAUGAGUUUGAAGGCACUGAUGGAACUGUAUUCCCACCUUUUCUGACCGAAUUCGACCGCUUGGAAUCAUUUUCUGGAGAUCUGUGCAGGACAUUCAGACCUUGGUAUCAAAGAAAAAGUUCUUACAAAGGAAUCAAGACUAACCGAUACAUCGCCAACAUUGGAGACUUCGCCAAUGAUCCUGAGUUGCAAUGUCUCUGCGACGAACCUGGCAACUGCCCCCCUAAAGGUCUCAUGGAUUUGACCAAAUGUAUGGGGGUGGCCAUGUAUGCAUCUCUGCCUCACUUUUAUGAUAGUGAUCCUGAAGUAUUGAAUAACAUUAAGGGUUUGAGUCCUGAUGUUAAUGAACACGAAAUCGCAAUUGAUUUUGAACCUAUCACAGGGACACCAAUGGUCGCUAAACAGAGGGUGCAGUUUAGCAUGCUGCUGUUCAAAACCGAUAAGAUUGAGCUUUGCAAGGACUUGCCGAAUGUCAUAGCGCCACUGUUUUGGAUUGAAGAAGGUCUGUCACUGAACAAAACCUUCGUGAACAUGCUGAAGCACCAGCUGUUCAUCCCCAAGCGUGUCGUGGGGGUGGUGCGUUGGCUGUUGGUCUCGGGCGGGAUCACGGGGGUGCUAGCCUGCCUGCUGUUCCACUUCAAAGACCACAUAAUUCGCUUCGCCGUCAAACCUGACUCUGCGAAUGUCACCAAGAUCACUCCUGAAAACGGUGACGUGGAACAAAAAAUAUUUUCUACAAGUGCGGGUAAAAUGCUCCCCAAGAUAGAAUAGUUUUAUAUUAAAUUGCUUUCAAUAUUAAACUAUAAGUAUUUAUUGAAUUAGUAAUAGAUAAUCUCUUAACGAAUAUGUAAAGAUUUUUACUUGAAAACUGUAAAAAUCCACGUUAAUAAUAACAAUAGAUAAAAUUUGUUGUAGAUAUUUAAAAUAUUACUAAUGCGGAAUACAGACUUUCAGUUUUAGCUGUACAGUAAAACAUCAAAAUUUUAUUACAAAAAAAUCUGUCAGUUCUCAGUUUUGCUUACACACAGUCGGUUUAACUGUACUAGAACUGCAGGUCUGUAUAAAAAAAAGAGCUCUGAGUCUCUAGAUAUUGAAAAUUAAAAGUAUUGCACUGAACGAAUUUAGUGAUAUUAGUUGUCUUUUAUUUAUUCUUCGACGAUCUUACCUAUGAAGUCUAAUGUCGAUCACGGCAAAAGCGUUAGCAUUAUCUGCAGGCUUAUUCACUAUCUUUGACAUAUGCUAGUUGACUUAUACCAAAUUGAAGUUCUAUGUAAAAAUGUCAUCCAGUGCUUUCUGGUCUGGUGGAUAUCACACAGUAGGUAAAUGACAUUUUGUAGAUUGAUUUAACGUUUAUUUCAAUAGGUUGAUAAUAAAGACCAAAAUAGUGAAUAGGCCUGCUGUUCUGUGAUCACAGCGAUGAAGUCUCAAAUAAUACCGAGCUAAUUUAGAGUUGUUAUCCUGUCUGUCGUUACGUACUAUAUUAUAACCGUGACAUCAUGAAGUACUGCUUUCGAGUCUUAGGUAAAUUAGGUAAGUACCUACUGAGAGAUUUUUUCUUGUAAGACAUUUUCAGUUAAAACUCUCAGCCCACUCAUCGUUACAACCUAGGGUAUUAGAAGUCAGUCCUUUGAAGUUGACAGACCUGAAGAGCUACGGUAACCGUAAGCUAUGGUAACCAUAACUUCCACUCAAACCAAGACAUCAUGGAAUGUUACUGGUUUACCUAUAUAUUAAAACACGUGAAAAUAGAAUUAUGUAUAGUAUCAUAAGAGUCCACAGUUCCACAUCGGACGUAUCACAUCAAACGGUCUUUUUUUAAUUUUACGGUAAAUAGUUUAUGUUAAUAAAUAGCUUGGCGGUACGUAUUUGCCGGUAGGGUGGUUUCUAGCCACGGCCGAAGCCUCCGACCUGCUAGACCUAGACCAAUUAGA